UGGGGCUCUUACAUCUCCUUGUCCCAUCUUCCCCUUCGCGACCUUCUCCUCCCUCCUCUGCUCUCGUCUUCGAUCACGAACCCUAGUAAGCCUCGAUUCCGAGGAACCUAACUGUUCUCCCCUCCCGCGAUCUCCUCGGAUUCUCGGCCUCCGGCUGUGCAAAAUCUUGGCAUUCAACUCGAUCCCUGUUGGCGCUUUCUUCCAUUCAUUCGCACGUCGAGCCCUAACCCUAGCCUAGCCAUCCAUCCGCCUCCUUAGUCCUCAGGCGAGCUCAUUCUUCCCCAAUUACCUCUUUCUGAUUCUUCUACAUUUUACUAUUUAAGUUCCGUGCUCCGGCCGACGUCAGAGAACGCUGUUUUGUUCCCUCCCUUCAGCAAGGGAGCACGACCUUUGCCUGCUACGCUGGUUUGGGCCAUUCCUUUCGAUUGAAUUGAAGUGAUCCUGGCGCGGAAAACGACUUCCAGCUCUUAAAUUUUCCUGCAAAGGAGUAGAAAUGUGUAGACCAGAGAUUGAACAAUUGGUUUAGUGAUGAUUUAGCAUCAAAUACAAGUAUGGGCAUAGCCCAGUGUUUUCUCUUCCAGUAGAUUAAAGAACAGCCCAUGGGAGGCGUUGUAGACUGUGCAUUUGGUGUAGACACCAAACUCUCACCAGGUCGUGCAGAAAUUGAGAGGGCUCAGGCUGAGCUACAGCACGAAUUUGAGAUUCAGGAAGCGCGAAGAAGGGAGCUGGAAUUUCUUGAGAAAGGUGGAAAUCCCUUGGAUUUUAAAUUUGGUCAUGGAGCUUCUGCCAGUGUACAAUCUACUUCUUUUACAGAUCAACAUGCUGAGCCAUAUGUAACCAGUGAAGCUAAAGGUAGCUUCACAUUGGAUGCUUCACCACAUGGAGAUUCAGUUGAAAGCAGUGGGAAACCUGGUGGUUCCAUGAGUCGUGAAACUAAUAUUGGAGAUAAUUUGUUGCUUUUUAAAUGGGAAAACAUCAAAGUUCAUGGAGAGAGAUAUGCGAAACAUAGAGGUAAAAGAGGUAGUGUUGCUCUGUUGGAACAAUCAUCUCAAGUUGGUGUAAAUCACAAUAUGAAAGAAACAGAUGACUCUGUUAUCUUUCGCCCUGGGGCUAAUGGACAAGCAUAUGCACGGCGUAAUAGAUCGAGAACAGCUCGUGAUUCUGGUAAUCUAAGUUUGACUGAUUCUGCUUCCCGUCAUGGCAACAAAGCUUCUGUUGCAUCGUCAAAUGCGCCUACUCCUAAGGAUAUAAAAGCCCAAGAUAGUUCUUUCUCAUCUAUUUCAAGCGCAAAGGAAGAAAAUCAAAAUUGCAUUAUUAAUGUUUUAGUGGCAGAUGAUCAAGUGGAUAUCCCUUUAGAUAUGGAGCAGAAUAAUAACACAAGCACUAACAUGACUGUAGACGAAAUGCCUGAGGAAGUGAAAGAAAUCAAGAUUACUGAAAUUAGGCAGUUAGGUGACUCCUGUAUUAAACAUUCAUCUAUUCCUGAAAAAGCUUUUAAAGAAACCUCCUCUCAGUCUUUUGCUAUUAUAGGAAAGGAUGGUCUUCUUCCAGUUAGUUUGCCUUCUACCCCAUUGGACUCUAAGGACUCAUGUGAUGUUGGAAAACUCAAUGGAUAUGAUGAAACUAAGCCCAGUUUCAAUGAGGAUGAUAUAAAAAUUAAGAAUUUUGCUGAAGGCCCAACUAGCAAAAACUUACAUUCAGAUACUAGGGACAAAAAUACUAUUGCAAAUGGUGCUGUUAACAGUGAACAUCCUCAUGAUGAUCAGUCCUUGAUGCUAAGGUCCACAAAUGGUAGAUCAGGUGGAGAUGUUAGGGAGCAGAUAACCGCUGAACAGUCUCUGCUAGAUACUAGCACUUUGAAAGAAAACAACGAGGCAUUCAAUUCUGAUGCCUCCAUUAAUGCUAAUAACAAAUCUAGGCCACUUCAUCAAGACCUUAGUGACUUAGUUGUCUGGAUGAAAGAUAAUGUUUCUGAUGGUAAAACUGUGAUUGUAAGUGAAGUCACGCCUGCUACCAACUCAGAACCUGAGAAACUGAAUGAUGAAAUCAUAUGUGAGUCAGAAAUAAAAGUGGAUAAUUCUUUAAGUCAACCAAGUUCUAUACAAAAAGCAGGUACAUGCUUGUUACUUUCCUCUGCUUCUGAAUAUGCAAAGGUCAUCCACAACAACAAAGGCUCCUUGUUGAUCACUGUCCUUCAAACUUCCACUGCAGAUCAAAAAAAGGCACAUGAAGAUGCUAUACUAAAAGAAGCACAAUUAAUAGAGGCAAGGCUUAAAAAGGCUGGAGAACUAUCCGUUAGUAGUAUGUAUCUUGAGAAGCAUCAUAAAUGUCACUGGGAUUUUGUGCUUGAAGAAAUGGCAUGGAUGGCAAAUGACUUUAUGCAGGAGCGAUUAUGGAAGACUACAGUUGCUUCUCGAAUUUCUAGAUUAAUUGCUUCUUGUGGUCAAGCGAAGUUCAGACAGGAAAACUUAUUGUGCAAGCAAAAAAGUACUGCUAGAAGUUUGGCUAAGUCUGUUAUCAAUUUUUGGCAUACAGCUAAGCUUAUUUGUAAUGACAAGACAACUAAUGGAAAAGAGUUCAAAUCAGAUAGUAUUAGGGCAUCAGAUGCCAACGAGGCUAAAGUGAAGAGAGAGCAGGUUCAAGAUUCUGUCAUGGAUUAUGCAGUUAGGUUCCUGAAACAUAAUGGCGACACAUCAUGUCACUCUACCUUGGUAGAAGCACCUACAACUCCUGACUGCCAAAAUGGUCCAGGCAUUUUGGUAAUACCUUCAGAAGGCAAACUUUUUGAAGAAAUAUUUUUCUAUGAAGUUCCUCAUGGUGCGAUGCAAGCAUACAGAGAAGCCAUGGAAACCCAAUGGAUGGAUUACAAAGUGACCAUUAUUACUUUCAAGCAUUCCAAUUUUGAUAUUAUGGUGAAGAAACCCUUACUGUCAUUGUAUUUCGAUAUAGCUGAACAUGGAGAGGAUGUAUAUGAAGAAGAGGAAGGUGAAACUGGCACUUAUCUUCUGCCUGUAAAAUUUGAAGGUGGCCUGUCAUCAAGGCUUGCUCACAAGAACAGAAAGCAUACGAGGCAAAAAUCCAGUGCCAUGAGACACAAUGGAGAUGGUGCUUAUUUUUCUUAUAAACCUUGCUCAGAACGCAAAUCGGGAAAUCAACCUUUUAUAUCGACCGGGAAAAGAAAUUCAAGUACCUUUCAUGUGGGUUCAUUUCCAACAAAACGUGUGAGGACAGCUAGUAGACAGCGAUUUGUCAGUCCUUAUCCUUCUGGAGCUCUUGUGCCAUUGCAAAUGACUAGUAAAACUGAUGCAUCAAGUGAAGACACAAGUUCUUUCCUAGAUGAUCAGAGUUCAUUACAUGGUGGACCUAUGGCUAGGAAAAACAUGGGAGUUGAAACUAUUGCAGACUUUGACAGGCAGUUGCCAUUUGAUGGUGAAAUUUCAUCAAAAUCUAAGAAAAAGAAGAAGAAACCGAAGCAUUUAGGAUAUAAGAAUUCGCUAAAUAUGGGCGAACCUGGUCUUUUGGUUCUUCCUGAAAAGCAUGGUUCAAUUCGGUCGUCAUAUGAGCAAAGGUUGCAAACUGACUCUACAAUUCAGCGUGAACAGAAUUCUAAAAGGAGAAUGGAAUCUCAAAAUUUUGAUUCAAAUGUAAACACAGUUUUUGGGCAACAUGCUGCCAAGAAGCCCAAAGUAUUGAAGCAAAUGAUUGAGGGAUCUCCUGAUGGCCUUAUCCCUUUUGCUGGGUCAUUGCCUUCACCGGUAGCUUCCCAGAUGAGCAAUAUGUCCAACUCAAAUAAGCUUCUCAAAAUCAUAGCUAGCAGGGAUCGUGCCAGAAAGUGUACCACAUUAAAGAUGGCUGCUGGACAAUCUGGACCUGGAAGUCCAUGGUCAAAUUUUGAGGAUCAGGCACUUGUUGUCCUUGUACAUGAUUUGGGUCCAAAUUGGGAGCUAGUCAGUGAUGCAAUGAACAGCACGCUCCAGUUCAAGUGUAUAUUCCGGAAACCCAAAGAAUGCAAAGAACGACACAAAUUUUUGAUGGACAAAAGUGCAGGUGAUGGAGCUGAUUCUGCAGAAGAUUCUGGCUCAUCACAACCUUAUCCAUCCACUCUGCCAGGCAUUCCAAAGGGAAGUGCACGGCAAUUGUUUCAGCGUCUUCAGGGACCAAGGGAAGAGGAUAUAUUGAAGACACAUUUUGAGAAGAUUAUUUCACAUAGGCAGAAGCUUUCUUCCUGUAGUCGCCAGAUUGGUAAUCAGGAACCAAAACAAAUUACAACAGCUCAUAGUUCUCAUGUAGUUGCUCUUUCCCAAGUAUGCCCAAACAACUUGAAUGGAGGGAUCUUGACGCCACUUGAUUUUUGUGAAUCAAUGUCUUCAAGCCCAGAUGUCUAUUCACUUGCAUAUCAGGGGCCUCACACUGGUAGCUUAGCAGUCCCAAGCCAUCAGGGUCCUGUUACUUCUGCCCUUGCCACAUCGAGUUCUACAAUGUUACAAGGGUCUACUGGUCUUGUCCUAAGUAGUAGCUUACCUUUAACAUCUGGUCCGUUGAAUCCCUCUUCUAGGGAACCCCAGAGGUUUGGUGUGCCAAGACCAUCUGCAGUUUCUGUUGAUGAUCCACAAAGAAUGCAGCAAUAUAGCCAAAUGAUUCCAGGAAGAAAUCAUCAGCAACCGAAUGUGUUAUCUGGGACUUUACCAAUGGGAGCUGACCGUGGUGUUCGAAUGUUGCCUGUUCCUGGUGGUAUGGGGCUGAUGUCUGGGAGAGGAAUUCCAAUGCCAAGGCCAACAUUUCAAGGAAUAAGUUCCCCUGCCAUGUUGAACAUGGUCACGAGUGGAAACAUGGUUUCAAGUGGUUCACAUGGAAUUCAAAACCCAGUCAAUGUUCAUCCAAGUGCUGUAUCUAGCCAAGGAAACUCAACGAUGCGGUCACGGGAUCCCUUGCAAAUGAUACGGCCCGGUCAAAGUCCUGAUGAACACAGACAGAUGAUGCAAGAAAUGCAGAUGCAAUCCUCACAGACAAAUGGGCAGCCUGUAUCUCCUUUCAAUGGUAUUAGUGCCUCCUUCCCUAAUGCAACGACAGUUCCUGCAUCAGCUCAAACAUUUCCAGUUCAGCAACACCAACAACCUCAUCAAAUGAUGCAGCAACAACCCCACAUACUUGGUAACUCUCACCCUCACAUCCAAGGCACAAACCAUUCAAGCUCUCAUCAACAGGCAUAUGCCAUGCGAGCUGCGAAAGAAAGGCAACUGCAUCAACGGAUGAUACCUCAACUGCAACGUCACAUCUCUGGACCAAAUGUAGUACCGCCUACUCAAACUAAUGCGCAAGUCCAAUCUCAGUCACCGUCAUCUUCUCCUGUGCUUCCAGUCUCUUCACAAGGUCAACAGAAACAGCAAAACAUAUCAAGGAACCCAUCAUCUGGAAUGCCAAAUCAGAUAAACCAAAGGCAAAGGCAACAGCUUCAACAAAAUCAGCCAAGACAACAACAACAACAACAACAACAACAGCAAAGACAACCCUCACAACAGCAGGCCAAACUUAUGAAAGGGCUAGGCAGAGGAGGCAUGUUAAUUAACCAUAACUUAUCAGCGGAUUCCUCUCAAGUAAGUGGCUUUUCAACAGCUUCAAAGAAUCAACUUUCUGAUAAAAACAUCUUGCAACAAAGCCAAGGUUUUUUCCCUGCUAGCUCAGGUCUGAACCCAACUUCGAACCAACCUGGAAAUCAAGCAAAUAUCUACCUUCAUCCACUUCCACAAUCUACAAAGCAACCAUCACCAGUUUCUGAUACAAGCAAUCAGGGCUCAACUCAAAAUUCACCCAGACAUAGCAUGUUAAUGCCUCAGCAAGCUCCUGUCCCAUCUGUUUCUCUAGUUAAACAACAACAGUCUCAGCAUCGCUACUUGAAUCAAUCUCAACCUGGCAUUCAGAGAAUAUCAGUUCAGCAAAAUCGUCACAUCAACUCUGAUAGGACGACACAUGCAUCAACUGAUCAGGAUUCAGUUGCUCAGGUGGUUACAAGUGCAUCAAUUGCUCAGUGUGCUGAUUCAACUUCUUCUGUGGUUUCAUCAUCAACUCAGUGGAAUCCAGAGCCAUUAUACGAUGAGGAUGCACCUAAUCCAACAAGGUAUGUGGUUAGCUCAGCACAGGAAACUGUUAUGGCGAGUGACACUUUAGUACCUUCUUCAAGUCAGGGUUUAUCACAUCAAUUAUCUGGAGAUAUGUCAGUGCAUGGUAAUAUCAAUGGGGGACAGUGGCAGCAGCAACAACUAAAACAUCAAUCUCAGCAGCAGCAUGAGCAACAGCUUUCUCGGAAUUCAGAUUUGGGAGCUGGGUGAUUGAGUAUUAGUACUUGGACCUUCCCUUCCAAGACAGUCUCCAACUCUUAUGUAGCACUAGUGUACAGAUUUGCAGGUAGUGAAGGAUGAGGAACGCUGCCUGUGCUCUUUCAUUCUUAUUUGGUGUUCAGUUUAUCAAGGGACAGGCACAAUUUGCGCAUUGCGUUCUCAAAUGUAGGCUUCACACACCAACUCGAUCAAAAUACUCUAGCAUGCAGGACAGAAAUGUCUGUCAUUGUAAGCCAAAAUGCUUUUGUAGUUAUGCAUUGUAAUUGGGCAUUCAAUUAAAUUUUGUGCCCAUCACAUUCUUGUCCGUGUAGUACAGUUGUUGGACCUGCUUAGUGAGUGCAAAUGAAAAUUUGUAUAGAA